AUGGAUCCCAACGCGCAUAAUGAGAAGUUCCAGCAUGACACGGCGUCAAACACGUCCGAGCCAGCCGUUGGCACCGUGAAUAAUGUCGAGAACGCCCAGUACUACAUCGACCCAAAGGCAGAAGCCAAACUUCGUCGAAAGAUUGAUUGGAUGAUCGUUCCGACUGUCUGUUUGUUAUACCUCUUUUGCUUCAUCGAUCGCGCAAAUAUUGCAGGAAACGCGCGACUCGCAGGUCUAGAAGACGAUCUCGGAAUGACCGGAAGCGACUACAACCUCGUCCUCUCAGUCUUCUACAUCAGUUAUAUUAUCUUUGAGAUCCCAGCCAAUCUGCUUUGCAAAUACAUGGGACCGGGAUGGUUCAUCCCAUUGACAUCUUUGGGCUUCGGGUUGAGUUCCAUCUUUACAGCUUUCGUGCAUAACGUCCCUCAGAUUUGUGGUGUUCGUUUUGUUUUGGGUAUUUUUGAAGCUGGUAUGCUACCCGGCAUUGCGUACUAUAUGUCGCGAUGGUAUCGACGUUCAGAGCUCACGUUUCGCUUGUCGCUGUAUAUCGUGAUGGCACCUUUAGCUGGUGCUUUUGGCGGUCUUCUUGCGUCUGCGAUCUUGAAGCUUCCAAACUUUGGGAGGUUCCAGAGUUGGGAGAUGAUCUUUGCAAUUGAAGGAAUCAUUACGGUCGCGUUGGCCAUUAUCUCAUUCGCUACCCUUACCGACCGACCCGAUACAGCGAAAUGGCUAUCAGAGGAAGAGAAGACAAUGGCAAUCAACCGUAUCAAAGCCGAGCGCCUCGGUACAACCGAAGUCCUGGAUAAGAUGGACACGGCCAAGAUCUUCGCUGGCAUCCGAUCACCACUCACCUUGUCAACAUCGAUGAUCUUCCUCCUCGACAACAUUACAGUUCAAGGCCUUGCCUUCUUCCUUCCCACUAUCGUCCGAACCAUCUAUCCCGAACGAUCGACCAUUUCGCAGCAACUCUUCACUGUCCCACCAUACGUCGUGGGUGCCUUCUUCACAGUUCUCAUCCCUGCUUUCAGCUACAAGAUGGAUCGUCGACAGAUUUUCAUCAUCCUCUGUGCACCGCUUGUGAUGGUCGGCUAUGCUAUCUUCUUAGGUACUGCUAAUGGCCAGGCGCGUUAUGGCGCGACAUUCUUGGUCGCUAGCUCAGCAUUUGCUCUCGCGCCUUUGACAAAUUCGCACAUAAGCGCCAAUGUCCUGAGCGACACGGCGAGAAGCGCUGCGAUUGGUACAAAUGUCAUGUUCGGCAAUGUCGGUGGUUUGAUCUCAACAUGGUCUUUCGUCAAGAGCGACGGCCCCAACUACCCAAUCGGAAAUGGACUGAAUCUCGCCACGUCAAGCACCAUAUUGGUUUUGGGUAGCUUGACUUAUCUCUGGAUCAAGCGGGAUAAUCGGAAGCGAGCGAAUCGGUCUGCCGAGGCUGAGUUGGCUGGAAUGACUCAACAGCAGAUUCAGGACCUGGACUGGAAGAACCCUAACUUCCGAUGGAUCACCUGA